AAACAACGUGGGUCGCUGGAAUUUGUUAUACCACACCACAGAGACUUUUGCACUGCUUUUUAUACACCGUCGCGUCACAAGUACAUCUCGCGUUUCGCGGAGCUGGAAAAUAUGUGUAAACUACUGACAGCGAUAAAAUAAACAUUGCACUAUCACCCGCGGUUGAGUACUCACAAAUGUCAUGCACUGUUCAAGAGCCUUUGCCUUCUGUGACAUUCAGAGGACUUCAUAACAACCAACAUGAAGCAGACAGGAACCGUUAGAACGUUUUGCCUGUUUUAAAGAACUUUUAAACUUGUAAACAUGGAAGAGACAGACGCUGGGAACGGUACUGGGACGCAGGGCUGUGAACUGGAGCGUUCUGGAGACGGGGGACUGGAUGAGGUGCAGAUGCAUCUCGCCUGCCUACCGGAGCGAUACAUGAGGGCUAAGUUUUCCCUCUCCGCCUACAUGUUUUGUUGGGCAGUAGUGAAGUUGUGUCAGAGAUUAAGCCCAUCUGCAGUUCUUCCCCAGGCCCCAGCUUUAGAGGACUCUGGGAGUGAAGCAGGCUGUCUGGAAGAUGGGGAGUCUCAGCAGGAGGACCGUGGAGAGCAACAUGACCAUCAGGAAUGGUGUGAGCCGGUUCCUGAAGCAAAAGAGGAAUAUUUUGACACGCACUCAUGGCACAGUGACACUUUCUCUGACCCUAAUCAUGAAACUAAAGACUGCUGCAGGACGUCACUCAGCUAUGAGACUGGCUCUUGCUCUGUGGGUCAUCUGGACUCACACUCUGCAUUUGUCAAACCCUCACCUUCAGUUAGAGAGAGAAAUCCCUCUUUAGCAAAAAGGCAUCAUGCUGUCUUUGACAGUCUCAGUAGAACAGUGGAUAGAGAGCAAUUGCAAACACAGACUGGAAAUACGGAGAUGAUGCACAUGGAAGUUGAUGGCACUGGGAUGUCUGAUGCUAAGGAUGGUCCGGAAUGUGGGGAGGUUAUCAGCAAUUUUCCAGCAGGACCUGGACUUGAUGAUUCUUCAAGGAAUGGCCUAUCCUAUGUAGUAACACCCCUACUGGAAUUAGAGGACACUGUAGGAUCACAAACACUCACUGAGCCAAGAAGUAAAGACUCAUUGUUCACCCUAAAAAACAGUAAUGGAGCCAAGUCUCAGUUUGCUGACACAUUUGAUGGAAAAUCAGAAUUGGAACAAAUCAAUGAAAAUAUCAUAGACACUCAUAUAGGAGACAAUGAGCCACACAUACAAAUCACAAGCGAGAAAGAGUUACAGCAAAAUGAAAUUGACACUAGUAACACUGAAAUACAGAUAAUUGCAUCCAUUGUAAAAAGUGCAGACGCUGAACAUAAUAAAUCAAACCCUCAACAUGAUGAGCUGAAUGUUGAUGACAAUAAGAUCAGUUUAUCUGUCUCGCCGCAUCUUUCUAUAUAUGAGCCUGUAUCAGUUGAGAAGCUUAUUGAACAGAAAGUUGAGGAGUCAACAGAACACAUCCAAUCACAGAAUUCAAUAGAACACAGCAAAUCACAGGAUUCAACUGAAAACAUCCAGUCACAAGCUUCUAUAAAAUACAGCCAAUCACAGAAUUCAGUAGAACACAGACAGUCACAGGAUUCUAUGGAAUGCAACCAAUCACAGAAUUCAGUAGAACACAGAGAAUCACUGGACUCAAUAGAACACAGUCAGUCACAGGAUUCUGUAGAAUGCAGCCAAUCACAGGUCUCAGUAGAACACAGCCAAUCACAGACUUCCAUAAAAUGCAACCUAUCACAAAAAUUAGUAGAACACAGCCAAUCACAGGAUUCUGUGGAAUGCAACCAAUCACAGAAUUCAGUAGAACACAGGCAAUCACUGGACUCAAUAGAACACGGUCAUUCACAGGAUUCUGUAGAAUGCAGCCAAUCACAGACUUCCAUAAAAGGCAACCUACCACAGAAAUCAGUAGAACACAGCCAAUCACAGGAUUCUAUGGAAUGCAGCCAAUCCCAGGUCUCCGUAGAACACAGCCAAUCACAGACUUCCAUAAAAUGCAACCUAUCACAGAAAUCAUUAGAACACAGCCAAUCACAAGCCUCAGUAGAAGACAUGCCAUCACAAGAUUUUGUCAAACACAGCCAAUCACAUGCCUCAGUAGAACACAGCCAAUCACAGACUUCCAUGAAAUGCAAUCUGUCACAGAAUUCAGUACAGCACAGCCAAUCACAGGCCACAGUAGAAAAUAUGCCAUCAAAAGAUUUAUUCAAACACAGCCAAUCACAGGACCCAGUAGAACAUAGUCAGUCACAGAUCUCAGUAGAACACACCCAAUCACAGGAUUCCAUAGAAUGCAGCCAAUCACAGAAUUCAGCAGAACGUAGCCAAUCACUGGAUUCUGUAGAAUGCAACCAAUCACAGGAAUUGUUAGAACACAGCAAAUCACAGGACUUAGUACAAAGCUCCCAGUCACAGGAUUCAAUAGAACACAGCCAGUUACAGGACUCAGUAGUACACAGUCAGUCACACAUUUCAUCAGAACAAAGGCAAUCACAGAAUUCUGUAGAAUGCAGCCAAUCACAGAAUUCAGUAGAGCACAGUCAGUCACACACUUCAUCAGAACACAGGCAAUCACAGAAUUCGGUAGAAUGCAGCCAACCACAGGAUUCAGAACAAAACCAAUCACAGAACUCCUUAGCGCACAGCCAAACAAAUACUCCACUGGAACACAGCCAAUCACAGUCUUCAGUGGAAGACAGAUUAUCACAGGUUGAUUUCAUUAAGGCAAAUUCCAUGAACACCAAGUGGACUGUGACUGAUUCGGACUCUGGUUUUAUUUCAAACACAGUGGCUUAUGAAAAGGGACAAUUAAAACAGGACUGCAUGGACAUUUGCACGGAUUGUGAAGUCAAUCAAUCCUUGAAAACAACUGGAAAGCAUUCAUCAAAGGACACUGACAAAGAACUUGAUUUGAACUUUGAAAAGAAUGACAGUCUAAAUUUCAAAAAGCAGGACUUACACGACACAGCUGUUGUUUCUGUAUAUGAGUGUUUUGCAGCCAAGAGAGCUUUCUCAAAUGUGCCUAAUGCAACUUCUGCUGGAGUAUCAGAUUCACUGCAUCAGCGUCUGAUCAAUGACUGGACAUCAAAACAGUCAGAUCUGCAGGACAGAACUCAUUAUGGUCACCAAAAUUGCCCAGUAUUACAGAUGCACAGUGAAAAAGAGGAUUACUCAGUUAGUAGAUAUCACAUGGACAGUUUUUGUUUGCAGGACAGUGGGCAAACAUAUUCGGAGGACCAUAAGCCUGAGGCAGAUUUUUACAAAACCCAUCAGUGCCCUAAUAGUAGAAUUAAUUUUAACAAACUGGGUGAAUUCCCUGAAGCACAAAUUUGUGUUAACUCUAAAAGUUUUGAUAAUAAAGAUGGUGACGUUUUAGAAGGAACACAGAAGGCUAGCAACAUGCAUCACACUAUUAAAGGGUACCAGAAAGAAUGUACAGUAGUUCCCUCGAUGGAACAGUCAGUAAUUUACUCUGACCAUUUGGGAUGCGUAGAAUAUACUAGGCCCAAGUCAUUGAGUGUUGCGUGUCCUGACAUGAAGACAGCUGAAGCCGAUGGGUGUCCAGUAGAUAGUCCUGUCGAAUCUUUGGCUAGUCCUUUUGAGAUUUCCUAUGACAAAUCUUCAGCCAGCCCUACAGAUGUUUGCUUUGAGCUCAGUGAUGGCCUUCAAAUGAACUGUAAACAAUUAUCACAUUGCGUUAUAGAAUAUAAAGAGACCUCCAAACAAUUUCACCGACCCAACACCCCGUCUGACAAACAAACAAGGCAAAAUGAGUCAGUUAAAACAAUUGAGUCGGAUGUUGAUAUUUUGUCUAGUGCAUGUUCUGAUACUUUCACAAAUGCACAGUCUCCUUUUGAUUAUUCCCAGCUGAACAGUAGAAACCAUGAAUACAGCUCAGACACAAAUAAUAAUAUUAAAGCCAUUACUUUAGAAGAUUGUGCCUCAGGUGUACAAAUGUCUUUGCCUAGUUCUUUGCAAAAAUACAGUAGGUUUACUAACAAUGCUGGAUGUUUAGUCUCAAAGGGGGGUGAAAGCAAAGAUAGUGAAUCUUUUAGUGCCCCUGCUGGUCAGGCUACCUCCUUCAAAGCACCUGACAUGAAGAUUGCAAUGGACAGCAAAGAUAAUGUUCAGAAACCUUCAGACAUCGAUGCAUGUAGCAGCCACAAAGAUGUCACUCAAAAGCAGCUCUGUGAUUGCCAUAAUGGGAAGGAGUGCCAGCUGCACUCAUCUUCAGUGGAGGGAGAGCAGACAGAGGGAGGAUUUCAGUUCAAGGACACAGACAGCAUCUGCCAGAGCAGUACUGCAGUGUUGCAAACCUUGAGUCCCCCAAACACAGAUGACCAUUACAGCACACAUGGAGAGGUUAAUUCAGACUCUACAAAUUGUGAAUUUCCCCAUAUUGUCCAUUUGCUUGCACACAAACACCCAGAGCUCUCUCAAGAGGAAAGCAUAUUACCACUGAGUGGCUCUCUCAAGGUCGAUGAUACUUAUGCAUUAGAAAACAUGGAGAGAAGACUUGAAACAUUCACAACAAACUCUCCUGAAAUCGCUGAUUCCUUAUGUGAAACUUCUGAUCUUCUUUGUAAGCAAUCUUUGCAACUGCACAACUCAGAGAUCAAGGGCGCAUUUGUUACAUGUUGUCGAAUUUUACCCAUCACUAAUUUAGAAGCUAUUUUGGAGUCAGACCGUUCACUAGAGAGCUCAUUUGUGAUGGAGAAUGGACUGGAGGAGCAACAGAGAGGAAGUCUAUUAUCAGAAGGUGUAUUCAAUGAGAAAUGGAGCUCUUGUGAUGACGCUACAAAACGCCCACAUGACAACAUUUCUGCCAUGUGUACAAAAGCCAAUGUAGCCUUUGUCAAGAAUGAACCAGAUGCUGGAGAAACAAUGAGCUCUUUAUCAAAUGAGUUCGAUAGCAGUGAUGGCCAUAGUGUUUCCAGUUUUGUGUCACAAGACCUUGACUCCAGUACUAACAGUGAGGAGACGGAGGACAGCACUCAGUCAUCAUCUAGCCUUCGUGGUUCUGCAAGAAAUAAGAGAACCCAAUCAGGGAAGGGCUCUAUGUUUUCUGUUUUUUCUCGAAUGCCCUCAUUCCGCAAGACUAAACGAGAACACAAAGGCAAUAACAAGGUUGAUCCGGAAGUUAAGGACUCCAUUUUGGAUGGAGAUGAACGGGACGAGGUGAAGUACAGUAGGUCACCAACACGUAACAAAUCGCUGUACAAGACCAGUAUUUCUCAAAGUACAGAUCAUCUUACGGACAUUACAAAGUUUGCUGACCACUCCAAUGAUGACAUUUUUGAAAAGGCUUUUGCUUUAAACUUGCAGAAUAGAGAGAAAUCCCAAAAUUUGUAUCAGCCGCAGCAACACAAAGAUGGAGAUGCACAGAAUUCUAGAGCUUCCCCAACAACAGAGGGAUUGCAACAAAAAAGAAGCAAGAGUACCGAUAACUUAAACUUACGAAUGAAGCUCGCAAUGGCUCACAAGUCUCUGUCUAGCCUGUUUGAGUCCAGAUAUCCAGAGAAGGACAGCCAGGAGCAGACCUUGCAGUCAGAGAAUGAGGAGGUGAAAACCAAGCAGUCCUGGAGGAAGAUGAAAUAUUAUAAGGAAGCAGAACUUUACAAAAGAACUCUGUCGGUUCCUGGGACUGUCUGUGACAAGUCCACACAUCAGAGCCAUAUUGAUUGUGCCUUCUGUUCUCCUCAAAACAGGUCCAGACUUAACAGCUCACCGGCUUCCCAAAACAGUUUGAGGAACACAUGCCAUUUUGACCCACAGAGUUUGAAAUCUGCAUCUCAGGAACAGUCUGAAGACAGUAAAUGUUUGGAAGGAGGUGAGCUGCCUUAUGCCACUUCCUCAGAUUCUGACCAGGCCUCAGUAGAUGGCUUUGAGUCCAAUGUAGAGGAUAGGUCACAGUCACCUGUACACCCCACUGUUCUUGCACUCGCAACCCAGAUGUCACCUACCUGGACCAGGUCUCUCAGCUGUUUUGAGACCACUGAUACUCCCACACGGCCCAUGAGCCCCAAACCUCUCAGUCCUGGUCUGGGCUGGACACACCGGAGGAGCUUCCGUUACCCCUCGAGAUCCGUUGCAUCCUCUCUUUGCUCCCUCGGUCAGGGAGUGAGCACUGACGUUCUCUCUGAUCCACCUCAGAGGCCGACGUCUCUGAAACCAAGGACCACGCAACUCACUACAGCCCAAUCUUUUGAUUCUGAAUACUUACUAGAGGACAGCAGUUCAGACAGCCAUUCUCAGAAUAGCCUGAAUUCAGCAUCCCUGAUAAACAAACCAGAGCAUGUACAGCGCAGUACUGAGCCAGCCAUCCAGCCACCAGAGAGAAGACAACAAGGAAAUGCAUGUGUGCUUCGAGUGAAGUCCAAAGAGCAGGGUCCAGCUGCACCCAGACCCAUCUCAGACCUCUACAGUUGGACCAUGUCUCUUCAGGGAAUCAGAGAGGUGGCGCUUGACCUGGAAAGGAAGAACAAUUCGACUGAAGCACAUCUACGCUCAUGCUCCUAUGAAACAUUGACUGACGUGGAGAACAUCCGUAAAAAGAAGCUUAGCAUGCAGCAAAGUUUGCGCCAGCUUAGCACGCCAACAUCUGAGAAGCACGAGAAAUUGCGCGCUAGACUUUCUCUCACUUCUCCGGAGCAAUUCCCCUCUGUUCCUCUCAAAGACCACUUCUUCUCCCAGAGCACACCCGUUGGACUGGACUUUUUGGGCUGGCCUAAUCGUGCGUUGGUUUCAGAAUCGAAUCUCAGCACACCAGCACAAGAGGCACAUGGACAGGUCGCUCCUCUAGCGUUGGUGAUAACUGAUGGACCGCAGGAUAAGUCUGGCCUUGCGGAUGAGGUGGGGAGUGAAGAUGACUUGUACAAUGAGUUUCGCAGUUCCUCCAACCGAUUUGGACACCCAGGAGGAGGAGGAGAGCAGCUGGCCAUAAAUGAGCUGAUCAGUGAUGGCAGCGUGUGUGCGGAGGCUCUAUGGGACCAUGUCACCAUGGACGACCAGGAGCUGGGCUUCAAAGCUGGAGACGUCAUCGAAGUAGUGGACGCCACAAACAAGGAGUGGUGGUGGGGCCGGGUGUUGGACAGCGAGGGCUGGUUCCCCGCCAGCUUUGUUCGGUUACGGGUGAACCAAGAUGAGCCCAUGGAGGAAUACUUAGCCCAUCUGGACGGGGCCUCGGAGGGUUGUGGGGCUAGCAUGGGGGGCCCCUUAGGGCCCGGCCUGCCCUGCAAGGAGCAGAUGAGAGCCAACGUCAUCAAUGAGAUCAUGAGCACAGAGAGGGAUUACAUCAAACACCUGAAGGACAUCUGUGAGGGCUAUAUAAAACAGUGUCGGAAGAGGACAGACAUGUUUACCGAGGAGCAACUGCGCACUAUCUUUGGCAACAUCGAUGAACUCUACCGCUUCCAGAAGAAGUUCCUCAAAGCUUUGGAGAAGAAAUUUAACAAAGAUCAUCCUCACCUUAGCGAGAUUGGCUCCUGCUUCUUAGAACACCAAACAAACUUCCAGAUCUACUCUGAGUAUUGCAACAACCACCCCAAUGCCUGCGUUCAACUCUCCAAACUGAUGAAGAUCAAGAAGUACGUGUUCUUCUUUGAGGCCUGUCGCCUGCUCCAGAAGAUGAUUGACAUUUCGUUGGAUGGAUUCCUGCUUACUCCUGUUCAGAAGAUUUGCAAGUACCCUUUGCAGCUGGCUGAACUGCUGAAGUACACCAACCCACAGCACAGAGAUUAUAAGGAUGUGGAAGCUGCCUUAAACGCAAUGAAGAAUGUGGCCAGACUGAUCAAUGAGAGGAAGAGGCGUCUGGAGAAUAUUGACAAAAUUGCUCAGUGGCAGAGCUCCAUAGAGGACUGGGAGGGUGAAGACAUCUUGAGCCGGAGCUCUGAUCUUAUUUUCUCAGGAGACCUGACCAAGAUCUCCCAGCCACAGGCCAAAGGCCAGCAGCGAAUGUUCUUCCUCUUUGACCACCAAUUGGUUUUCUGUAAAAAGGAUCUGCUUCGGAGGGACAUCCUGUACUACAAGGGGCGGUUAGACAUGGAUCAGAUGCAAGUGGUGGAUGUAGAGGAUGGGAAGGAUAAGGACUUUAACGUGAGUGUGAAGAAUGCCUUGAAAUUGUGUUCUCCUGGGGGAGAGGAGGUCCACCUCCUGUGUGCCAAGAAACCCGAGCAGAAGCAGCGCUGGCUGCGAGCCUUUGCAGAUGAGCGGGAACAGGUCCAGCAUGACCUCGAAACAGGUUUUACGAUCACUGAGGUCCAGAAGAAGCAGGCCAUGUUGAAUGCAUCUAAAAGUCAUCCAACAGGGAAGCCCAAAGCUGUGACCAGGCCCUACUAUGACUUCCUGCUGCGUCAGAAGCACCCCACGCUUCCCACCUCCCUGCCCCAGCAGCAGGUCAUCAUGUUGGCCGAACCCAAACGCAAGACCUCCAAUUUCUGGCACAACAUCGGACGCUUGACACCGUUCAAAAAAUGAGGGACUCGGUACAUUCGCGGUUGUGCCUGAACUUGUGUUUUUAUCCCAGUGUAACAUGUUUAUUUUUAUUGUCCAAUUGCGAAAGCACUUUAUGGGUUUGUUACAAUCACAGCAUCACUCCCAGACGUUGUCGGACAUCACGGGAGGGCAUUCCUGCUAUGUUAAUAACGUCGAAAAAAGACGGCUACUACUGCUCAACCGCUCCACUUCCCGACUAAUACGACUACUGCUGCAAGUCAUCGUACGGACACGCUUCAUCAAAAGAGCCCCGCUUGAAGAGAGGACUUCUUUAUAUGUCGGUUAAUUUAUUUCCAAGUUUUCAAUGUAUGCCAGCUAUCCACAGUGCCCAACUACUAGCUUUUGUAUGUAAUUUGAUACUUUUGUGUAACCCAUGAUAAUGUUUCAAGUUUCAAAGGGUUCCGCACAAGACGAAAGUAGACCGUGUUGAGAUUUAUUACUGUAUAACUUCCAAGGCUGUCACACGAAGUCCGUCGAUAUCAUGUCAGUCUGUGUAUGCAACUAUCAACUUCUCCGAACUUUCUCCUCAUGAAGCCUCUAAAAUGAUGCUUAGACGACGUCCCAUCAGUACUCACCGUUUCAGAUGAGUGUUUCAUGUAUGUGCUCAUUUGAUUCUGCUGCCUAAUGACUCCUCUGUAACGAACUUCUCUUUGAAGUGCCAUUCCAAACGUAACCCAGAUGUUGUGAUGGGGGGUUGCAUGAAUUUGCUGUGAAACUCGACAUUUUCAACCCAAAUAAAAUUCUCAAUAUUCUGUCAUUCUGAUAGAUAAUGGUACUAUUAAAUUAAAGAGUAUCUUUGACAGUUGUCAAAUAUGUACAGUAUAUGAUUAUCUUCAACCACAAAACAAAGUAUGUUAAUAAAAAGCAUUUGUAAGUGUUAUGAAUCUGA